GAGCUGGAGAAACGAUUGCUUGCUCCCUUGAUCCGCGGGGCUUCCGAAAGGGAGAGUGCACUCUCGCAAGCACAAACAGGAAAGCCUGACAUCACGGAGCGGCGGGGAGGAGUCUGCUGCCGCGGGCUCCCGGGCUGCCUGCUCGCUGGCCGGCGCUCUUUUGUGGCCCGGUCGCGCGCGGCGGCAGCGGCGGUGGGGCAGCAAGGCGCGUGGGAAGCGCGGGGACCCGGAGCCGGGCCAGAGAGACGUCCCGACCGCCUCGGAGCAGGGCGCACCAUGCAGCGUCCGUGUGCCGGAGAGAAAACUGAGAAUGAAAUUACUUUGGCAAGCUAAAAUGAGCUCCAUUCAGGACUGGGGUGAAGAGGUAGAGGAAGGAGCUGUUUACCAUGUCACCCUCAAAAGAGUCCAGAUCCAACAGGCGGCCAAUAAAGGAGCGAGAUGGCUAGGGGUUGAAGGGGACCAGCUACCGCCAGGACACACGGUCAGUCAGUACGAGACCUGUAAGAUCAGGACCAUCAAAGCUGGAACCCUAGAGAAGCUUGUGGAGAACCUGCUGACGGCUUUUGGGGACAAUGACUUUACCUAUAUCAGCAUCUUCUUGUCGACAUACAGAGGCUUUGCCUCGACUAAGGAAGUGCUGGAGUUGCUGCUGGACAGGUAUGGAAACCUGACAGGCCCAAACUGUGAAGACGAUGGAAGCCAAAGUUCACCUGAGUCCAAGGCUGUGAUCCGGAAUGCCAUUGCCUCCAUCCUGAGGGCCUGGCUGGACCAGUGUGCAGAGGACUUCCGGGAGCCCCCUCACUUCCCUUGCCUGCAGAAGCUGCUGGAGUAUCUCAAGCAGAUGAUGCCUGGCUCCGACCCAGAGAGGAGAGCACAGAACCUUCUUGAACAGUUUCAAAAGCAAGAUGUGGAUUCUGACAAUGGACUUCUCAACACCAGCUCCUUCAGCCUGGAGGAGGAAGAGGAACUGGAGAGCGGAGGGUCAGCAGAAUUCACCAGCUUCUCGGAAGACCUCGUGGCGGAACAGCUGACCUACAUGGACGCGCAACUGUUCAAGAAAGUAGUGCCUCACCACUGCCUGGGCUGCAUCUGGUCUCAGCGGGAUAAAAAAGAAAACAAGCAUUUGGCUCCUACGAUCCGUGCCACCAUCUCUCAGUUUAAUACCCUCACCAAGUGUGUUGUCAGCACCAUCCUGGGGAGCAGAGAGCUCAAAACUCAGCAGCGAGCCAGAGUCAUCGAGAAGUGGAUCAACAUCGCUCACGAAUGUAGAAUCCUGAAGAAUUUUUCCUCCUUGAGGGCCAUCGUUUCCGCACUGCAGUCUAAUUCCAUCUAUCGGUUGAAAAAGGCUUGGGCUGCAGUCCCGAAGGACAGAAUGCUGAUGUUUGAAGAACUUUCAGAUAUCUUCUCUGACCAUAAUAACCAUCUAACCAGUCGGGAACUGCUAAUGAAGGAAGGAACCUCAAAAUUUGCAAACCUGGACAGCAGCGUGAAAGAAAACCAGAAGCGGACCCAGAGGCGCCUGCAACUGCAGAAGGAUAUGGGUGUGAUGCAGGGUACCGUGCCCUACCUGGGCACCUUCCUGACAGACCUGACCAUGCUGGACACCGCCCUGCAGGACUACAUCGAGGGUGGACUGAUCAACUUCGAGAAAAGAAGAAGGGAAUUUGAAGUGAUUGCCCAGAUAAAGCUCCUACAGUCUGCUUGCAACAGCUACUGCAUGAGCCCAGACCAGAAGUUUAUCCAGUGGUUCCAGAGGCAGCAGCUUCUAACAGAGGAGGAGAGCUAUGCCCUCUCGUGUGAGAUCGAAGCAGCUGCGGACGCCAGCACCACUUCCCCUAAGCCUCGGAAGAGCAUGGUGAAGAGGCUGAGCCUACUGUUUCUGGGAUCUGACAUCAUCCCCGGGAGCACUCCCACCAAAGAGCAGCCCAAGUCCGCAGCCAGCGGGAGCUCUGGGGAGAGCAUGGACUCGGUCAGCGUGUCGUCCUGUGAGUCAAACCACUCCGAGGCCGAGGAGGGCUCCAUCACACCCAUGGACACACCAGAUGAGCCGCAAAAGAAGCUCUCCGAGUCCUCCUCCUCCUGUUCCUCCAUCCAUUCCAUGGACACGAAUUCUUCAGGGAUGUCGUCCCUAAUCAACCCCCUGUCCUCCCCUCCAUCCUGCAACAACAACCCUAAAAUCCACAAGCGCUCCGUCUCUGUGACGUCCAUUACCUCCACAGUACUGCCUCCUGUUUACAAUCAGCAGAAUGAAGACACCUGCAUCAUCCGCAUCAGUAUAGAAGACAGCAAUGGCAACAUGUACAAGAGCAUCAUGUUGACAAGCCAAGAUAAGACCCCCGCCGUGAUCCAGAGGGCGAUGUCAAAGCACAAUCUGGAGUCGGACCCAGCGGAGGAAUAUGAGCUGGUCCAGGUCAUCUCGGAGGACAAAGAACUGGUGAUCCCGGACUCUGCAAACGUCUUUUAUGCCAUGAAUAGCCAAGUGAACUUUGAUUUCAUUUUACGCAAAAAGAACUCGGUGGAAGAGCAGGUGACGCUGCGCAGUCGGACCAGCCUGACGCUGCCCAGGACAGCUAAGCGGGGCUGCUGGAGUAACAGGCACAGCAAGAUCACCCUCUGAAGGGACGGCACGCCCCUUCUGCCAAAGGCAGAGUGAUGCGGAACACAGCCAUGGUGACUGACUCCGAGCACAGCCAUGGUGACUGACUCCGAGCACAGCCAUGGUGACGCCAACCACCACCCAGUGUUGGGGAAUCAUUGGUGAAAGCAACAGAUAUUUAUAGAGCUCAGCUGUGGAGAGAGGACUGUGCGGGGGAGAGUAGAAGUGAAUUUGACAUUAAAAGGAUAAAUGGUUCACUGAUGCUUUUAGACCAGAGAGUGAAUACGAAACAGUCCAUAUUUUAAAAUAUAUAUACACACACACAUAUCGUGUGUGUGUGUGUGUGUGUGUGUGUGUGUGUGUGUGUGUGUGUGUGUAGAUAUGUAGAUAUACCAGAGGGACUAUACAGAAGAUUCUGGACUGUGGAAAAACCAAUUUGCACAAUGGCCUGGGAAGUUGAGGUCACUUUUUACAGGGAAACAGAAGGGACCAAGAACCUGGUCUCAUAGCUUCCAAGUAAAUAAAAUUAGACCCACCAAUGCAGAGUGUUCUCCAUGCCAGUAUUACAAGGCCAGGCUCCAUUUAUAAAGGGAGAGGAUUACUUUCUCCACCCACGUGCCACCAGAUACCCAAACCGCAGAGGUUAGAGUGGCAUGGGCUGCAUGAAGGGUCCCUGGAGGGGUUCGGAUGAGUCAGUAAUCUCUGCCCUCUGCUGGCUGGCAUCUGCUGGAGCUUCAGAGGCCUGUGUGCCUUGCAGGUCCCCAUCACAGUGCCCCUGGGGCCAACACAAGCUCGUUUCAAUUCCUGGAACCCCUGUUGUGUUUCUGCGUUCUCUCAUAAAGGACACACCACAAUCAUUACCGCACAAGUAGCUUCGGUCUUCCGAAACUUUUCAGCCAGAGAAGAAAGCACAGAAGAUCAGCGACUCCUCUGGACUCUUCUCUGCUGCGGACCACUCCGCCACCCUCACGGCCCUCUGCAUGGCAACGUGUAUGUCCGGUCUUCUGCCAUUUGGAGUCUUGGGCCUUUAUCUUAUGUGCAAUUUUUCCUCAGGUGCAGACAUUUCUGCUGCAAUUGACUACAUGCAAUCAUUUCAAGCCUGUGAAAGAUUUCUGAGCAGCGACGCACCCCCCCCCCUCAGAAAAUGUCCCCCGUUGACUACAGUGACUCAUUUCCUUCCUUCCUUUUGUAGCAUUCCUGUGCUCAAGUCACAGGGAGAGAAAGGGGACUGCCGGCGCUCUCUCCGCCCUUUCCCUUGUAGAUGGGACCGAUAGCACCCUUGCUUUCUCACCUCACACUUACUCUCCUAGCAGCACUGGUAAGUGACGUUCUACGUCUGUAGUAAUAACAGCAUCAUACACGUGCUUCCGGUCUGCGCUGUGCUGGGAGCUGAAUGGAAAAGCCAUAUGUGAAGGAGCUGACAUGCAUAAGAAGCACUUUCAAAUUAUUAUCCCUUUUUAAUUUUUUCUCCAAAUACCAGUUUUUAUUCCAAAAAUAAAGAGAAUGAACCCAGAAUAUGAUGUCCGGAUUAUCACAGGGAAUUUUCUUUUCUAACCCUGUACUAUAGCUCCCAAAGGUUAGGUAGGGUUUGUGUUCUGUAAAUAGCCGUAGGAACUCAAGAAACACUGGGAAAAGCUCAGAGAUUUGUGGCAGUGGACCAAAGAGAGAGCCAGGAAGUCAUCGGAUUCCCUUGUCUGGUGCAUUCCGACACCAGGUGUACCCUGGUGUUUCUAGUAGACUGGACUGAGCCGUGGAGACCAGUCGUCAGAGGGCACUUUGUUCUUUUGUUUGUCAACCUUUUUUUUGGUUAAUGCUUCUGUGUGGGGAGGGGAGACAGCAAGGGUUACAGCCGUGUGAAGACUGAGGGAAACCUAGCCUCAGCCUGGCUUUCUCAGUGUCAAGGUCAAAAAGUCAAUGCAGAGCUAUUGUCCAGGUUUAGGGUGUGGCUCACAAGACAUACACAUCAUGACUGUGCGCGUACCCUGUGUAAUUAAACUGUAUAUGUAGAGCCUAGAUUUAUAUACUGCAAUGUAAAAA